AUGAGCUCUGCGUUUGCAAACCGGAGAAAGCCUCGCAAGAUUGGCGGCGACGAUGAAGAACACGAUGAAGGUGGCGGACAAGAACCAGCUGUCAAGCGGCCACUACACUCAAAAACGAAGCAGAAGUCGAAAUCGCGCUUAUCUUUCGGUCCCGGAGGGACAUCGAUGAACGACGAUGCCGAACAAGAAAGCGAAGUCGUCUUGCCUAAACGUUCCGGUCUGGGAAGACGAGCAGUGGAAAAAAGCGCGGCUCAACGAGGUCUCACACCGUCUGGGUUAUCCGAUAAAGUCCAAUUCAAGGUCGGGUCAGAACAGGAGAGGCCAAGCUACAGUGAAGAUUACUUGAAGGAGCUCCGGGAUUCGACGCCGGUGACGCCGAAAAGCAUGACAGAAAAGGAGAAGGAGAAGACGGUUGAUGUGGCUGCGAAGUUUGGAGAGGUCAUGAAGGUGUCAGCACCAUCGGCUAUUCCCAGCGAAGCGGAGAUCAGGGAGAAGAAGGAAAGGCGCUCGCGGCUAGCUAAGGAACACGGCUACGGGGCAAAAGAGGAAGAUUAUAUUGCAUUAGACGAUGCCGCGCAGGUUGAUGAGUGGGAUCCAGAAAGCUUGGGAGAGGAGAGGGACACCCGAUUGCUCAGAGACGACGAAGACUUUGCGGAAGGUUUCGAUGAAUUCGUGGAGGAUGGUCGAAUUUCUCUUGGGAAGAAAGCAGAGCGCGAGCAGAAGCGGAAACAACGUGAAGAAAUGAGGGAACUGAUCAACGAAGCUGAGGUACCUUCCGACGAGGAGGAUUCGGAUCUCGAGGAGAAGGCUGCCUAUGAGGCCCACCAGACAAGGGCGGCGAUGGGUAAUGGAGGACGUGAUCGAGUAGAUCGACCAAGGACUCCGCCUAAAAUGGCUGCGAUUCCGCGUCUCUCGAACAGCAUGGAUCGUUUCCGUACCAACCUUGUUGUAAUGGAGAAGUCAAGAACUCAGAUGAUCAACCGCAUGGAAGACCUGAGGAAGGAGAAGGCAGAUAUAGCUGCACGAGAAGUGGAAAUACAGGCUCUGAUUAAGGAGGCCGGGGACAACUAUGAGAAACUCAGGUUGGAAGCUGGACUCACGCCCGACGAAACGUCUGAGAUGCAAAAUUCGAGAGGACUGGAGAAUAUCGAUCAUACGAGAAGGUGCGUCAAGAAGCCACCGGGGAGUAUCUCGCAAACUCAUCAAACCUCAAGACAGCAGUACGGUCUGCGCUGGUUCGAGAGCCCAAUUGACGAAAAGGGACAACUAUAUCGACAUUCGGACGCCACUCCAAUCGAACUAUUCUUUGACUUGUUCUUUGUCGCGAAUCUAUCGACCUUUACUGCUACGCACGAAAUCAACAAUGUGGAGGCUUUAGGGGCAUAUAUCGGUUUUCUCGGGGUGAUCUGGUUUACCUGGCUCCAAGUGACGCUCUUCGACGUACGGUUUGCACGAGAUUCGGUUUUCGAACGAGUUUGUAAAGCGGCGCAAUUAGCUGUCAUGGUCGGAUUUGCUUCGGCCGGGACACGGUUUACGACUCGAGUCCAGGGUGAUAAUGUCUGGGCAUUCCAGUCGCUGAGUCUGUUGUUGGCCGGAAGUCGGACGCUAUUGGCGAUACAAUAUACCUUCAACCGUCGCUUUUUUCGUAGGAGGAUGGAAGAUACUGCCAAAGGCAUGAAACAUAUCGUCGCAAUUCUUGGAAUUUCCAGCGUUGUCUAUCUCGGACUGUUCUUUGCCUUCAAGGAACGAAACGGAGUUCAGACCUACAUAUGGACCGUUUGGUUUGCGGUAUUUGGGUUCGAGAUGUGGAUGGUGAUGGGGAUAUCCGGCGCCACUCCCCGUAUAGGACUCCAAGACACACAUCUCAACGUGCGAAUGGGACUCCUUACGUUGAUCAUCAUUGGAGAAGGCGUCAUAACCAUCACCAGAAUUGUGAACAAGACAGUGCGCCCUGGCGGCUGGACCAAGUGGUCGUUUGUCCACAUUUUGGGUGUCACUAGCAAUGUUUAUGUUUUGUGGCAGGCAUAUUUCGAUGUUACGCCACGAGAUGCCCUUGGAAAGAUCGCACAGCAACUGUGGGCACAGCUUCACUAUCCCUUUCACGUGGUGCUGAUUCUCCUGCUUGAGGGAGCGGGUAUUCUUGUUUUGACGCUGGACAUAACGUUGAAAAUCACUUACCUGACAGAGACGAUCCUGUUCGCCUGCGAGGAACCGCGGCCCAACGCUGAACGGGCCAUUAAGCUUCUGCGAAGUACUAUUGCGGAUAUGGAAAUCGAUUACAAUCGUGGGGCCAUUAAAGAAAAAGCGGUGAUCUCGGCCAUUUUGGAGGAUCUACCGAGCCGGCCGUUAUGUCCAAACAGUACCGCUGUGACUCUCUACUCUUUGACGGAUGAUCGGAUCGACGAUCUUGUGGGAAAUGUCACGGCGGCCCUGUUCUCCAGUAUGGGGCUUAAUCCGGCCGAAGGAACGGAUAUCAGCCAGCUGAACAAUGCUCAACUCCUACGGAUGUAUAUGGAAGUGCUGGGAUUUGUGUAUGUGUACUACUUUAUCGUCGCCUCGUUGGCAAUGUUUCUCUUUGCGGCUUUUGUGGUACUAGCUCGCCGCCACACUCGCAAGGCGUAUGUCGCCGUUGGGGUUGUUGUCCGCAUUGUCUUGGCCAUUUUCCUUUGCGGGUUGAUCUCCUUUGCGAGCCAUUUCCGGUUGGCGUACUCCUUUAUGACUUCUCCGACUAUACUCUACGCUUUUACAUUUGUUUUAUUGUUCGGUAUGUUUCGUCUGCCAUGUUUCUUCAUCCAAUGA